UACUGACUCCCAACUCCCCACCGCCUUGCGUGCAUGCAGCGGGUCUCUGAAGGCUGACAACUGCCCUUCUUUGAUUGGCUGCGGAGAGGAGGAUGCUAGCCAAUGGCAAAUCAGUACAUGGCGGCACACAGUGAGGGUCCUGCACAGCAGACUGGGGUUCCCGGAAGCGGCUGUAUAGUGCUGGCAGUUGCCGGCCAUCCUGUGUGCAGCUGUACCGACCGGGAUAACAGGGCUGUGCAGCGAUAAGGGGCCGCUCACUGUCGCCGCUCCUCUGUAUACCGCCGGGCUGUGUGCAUGGAAGCAGCUCACUGACACUGUUGCUUGUCUCCGUUUAUUCCACAGUAGUGUCCGUACUGAGCGGCUGCAAUGACUGCUCUAUACGCAGCCUGCCUGCUCUCCUGUGCACUCUGCAGUCUCAUGACCCAGGCAGCAGCCAAAGGAGUGACCGCAAGCUUAGCUGCCAAGUGGCCAGAGAGCCCGCUAUUACUGGAGGCCAGUGAGUUUAUUUCUGAAGACGGAAAUGAUAAAUUUUGGCAGUUUUUGGAAACCGUGCAGGAGAUAACCAUAUAUCAGAACAAAGGUUCAGAAUUUUCUUACUACAACUUAAUAUUAAAGAAAGCUGGCCAGUUUCUGUCCGACCUGCAACUCGCCUUGCUCAAAUUUGCGUUUUCUAUCAGAGCAUAUUCUCCCACUGUUCAGAUGUUCCAGCAGUUUGCUGUUGACGAGCCUCCUCCAGAAGGUUGCAACGCAUUUGUGUCUAUUCACGGGAAACACACCUGCAAACCAAGUGAGAUAAAAAAACUUCUGAAGGAAGCACUGGAGAGGCCAAGGCCUUACUUGUACAAAGGAGAUCACAUCUUCCCUACUCUUUCCAAGACUGCCCCAGUAGUCAUUCUCUAUGCAGAAAUAGGUACAAAAGCCUUUGCCAACUUUCACAAAACACUUACUGAAAAAGCAGAAAGUGGAGCGAUCAUUUAUGUACUUCGGCAUUACAUACAGAGCCCAAGCACAAGGAAGGUGAACCUAUCUGGCUACGGGGUAGAACUUGCCAUUAAGGACACAGAGUACAAGGCCAUGGAUGACACACAAGUUGAAGCCAUCAAUUCUACUGUAAAGUUACAUGAUGGAAUCACUGAAGAUGUUCAAGGGUUUUACUUUGAUAAAUUGAUACAAAUGUAUCCUGAUCUUAAAGAGAAUCUGGUAGAAUUACGAAAACAUCUUAUUGAAAGUACGAAUGACAUGGUGCCUUUGAAAGUCUGGGAGUUGCAAGAUUUGAGCUUUCAAGCAGCCUCAAAAAUUUCCUCCACUCCUGCUUAUGAAGCAUUGAAGGUUUUGCGAGACAUGAGCCAGAACUUUCCCAUAAAAGCAAGAUCACUAACCAGAAUUGCAUUAAACCAAGAGAUGAGGAAAGAAAUUGAGGAAAACCAGAAGCAUCUAUCUGAGACCUAUGGAAUUCAGCCCGGCGAUGCAAGUCUAUAUAUAAAUGGUCUUCAUAUUGAUCUGGAUGUUCAUAAUGCAUUUAGUGUUUUUGAUAUUCUGAAAAACGAAGUGAAAGCUCUAUACGGCCUUUCUGUUUUGGGAAUAAAAAAUGAGGAUCUCAUCAAAUAUUUGAGAUUGCAAGUGCAUCCCAGCGAGGAAAAUUAUGCCUUAGACAUUAGAAAUGCUGCAAUCAAUUGGAUCAACAAUAUUGAAAUUGAUCACAAGUAUUCAAAAUGGCCUUCAAGUGUCCAGGAACUGUUAAGGCCAGCAUUCCCUGGAGCCAUACGUUCAGUAAGGUGCAAUUUCUUCAAUCUGGUUCUCUUUGUCGAUCCUGUUCAAGAUUAUGCAGCUGAUUAUGUGAAGCUUGCUGAACUAUUUUAUCGCCACAAUGUGCCUCUCAGGAUUGGUUUUGUAUUUGUUAUUAAUCCUAAUGAAAACGAUGAAACAAAUGAUGACAAUGCAGGAGCCAUUUUGUGGCGUGCCUUUAACUAUAUCAUCAAAGAAUCAGACAGCACUCAUGCUUUCUCUGCGUUGAUUAGGAUGUACAGUAAAGUAGAGGACGGGGAAGUGCUCUCUGGUGACAUUGUGAAGUCUUUACUUACAUAUGAAUUUCCCAAGGCUGAUGUAGAGAGUAUCCUGGGUUUAAACUCUGAGUACAAUCACAAGUUAGAGGCAGGAACAACCUUUUAUAGGAAGAGUGGCCUGGGUCCAUUGCCUCAAGUUCUGUUUAAUGGUGUGCCCUUUAACAGUGAAGAGAUGGACGUUGAAGAGAUGGAGACAGUCAUUCUGCAGAAGAUCAUGGAUGCCACAGGGUUCUUCCAGAGGGCAGUGUUCAUGGGUCAACUUAAUGACAAUAUGGAUGUUGUCGAUUUUGUCAUGGAUCAGCCCAAUACAGUUACCCGAAUCAAUCCUACUAUUCUUACAAGUGAAAAGACAUACAUUAACUUUAUAUCCAGAUCAGCUACAUAUAGUUUUCAAGAUUAUGAAACUUUCAUUUACCUGGAUUCUCAAGAUAAGAGCGCAGUUGUUUCUGAAAACAUGAAAUAUGUCACAAAAGAAGAUGAGGAUGUAAUUUAUGCAGUCACCAUCUGGAUUAUAGCUGACUUUGACAAGCCAGCUGGGAGACAACUGCUUUCUAAAGCUGUGAAGCACAUGAAAAAAAGCAACAUUGCUCGACUUGGAAUCAUAAACAACCCCACCUCCAAAAUGACUGAAUAUAAUACUGUGAUAUCCCGCGCUGUAUGGGCCGCUCUUCUUACGCAGAAAAGCCAUAACAUGCUGACGUUUCUUGCAAAGCUUUCAAAAGAAGAAACCUUGGACGCACUUUCCAAAGGGCAGAAAAUAAAAGAAUUCCUUGUUACGGAGAUGGAUGAUGAUGCUUUUGAGAAGAAGUAUAAUACUAUGGGGGUAGACCUACUUCGGACUCAAGCAUUAUACUGUCGCAAAGUUCUCAAAUUGUUGCCUGGGCAAAUUGCUGUGAUCAGUAACGGAUGGCUUUUGAGUGACAUUAACUUAGAUGAAUUUCAUGAAGAAGACUUUCAUUUACUGGAGAAGAUUACAUAUACUACCUCAGCAGAAAAAAUAAAAAACACUGUGAAAAAGAUGACUGAGCUAUCAAAACGUAGUUCAAGUGAUUUGGUUAUGAAGGUGGAUUCUCUUCUCUCAUCUAUGCCCAAGGGAGAGUCAAGACAUGAUCUGAAGUUUGUGAAACAGAAACACAGUUUGAUCAAAGUUGAGCCUCAAGCAGCGGGCCCUUUCAUCGACGUAAUUGCUCUGGUUGACCCGCUAUCAAGAGAAGCACAAAAGAUGUCACACUUACUGAUUGUGCUUGGUAAUCUAAUGAAUAUGAAGCUGACCAUGUUCAUGAACUGUAAAGCCAAAUUAUCAGAAAUGCCCUUGAAAAGUUUCUACCGACUUGUACUUGAGCCAGAAGCUUUAUUUUUAAGUAACAACAGCCUUUCUCUGGGUCCUUCGGCUAAGUUUCUGGAUAUGCCCGAAUCACCUCUGCUGACUCUAAACAUGAUCACCCCAGAGAGCUGGCUGGUAGAAGUGAUGCACAGCUCAUGUGAUCUCGAUAACAUUCAUCUACAAGACAUAGAAGAAAUUGUUACCGCAAACUACGAACUGGAGUACUUGUUGUUGGAAGGACAUUGCUUUGAUGUGACCACUGGUCAACCGCCUAGAGGCCUCCAGUUCACCCUGGGCAUGAAGAAUGAUCCGGUUAUGGUAGACACUAUAGUGAUGGCCAAUCUUGGCUAUUUCCAGUUGAAGGCUAAUCCAGGAUCAUGGACAUUGCGGCUUCGUAAAGGAAGAUCAGAGAACAUUUACCAUAUAGUCUCACAUAUGGGAACAGAUUCUCCAUCAGAUCAAGAAGAGGUGAUCGUGGUACUCCGUAACUUCAACAGUAAAAUUAUUAAAGUUCACGUACAAAAGAAGCCAGAUCAAGUACAUGCAGAUCUCCUGAGCACUGAGCCCGAAGAGAAGACAGGCUUGUGGAAUUCAAUUAUGAGCUUUACAGGUGCAGUGAAUACAGAAGCACAGGAAAAGAAAUCUGACGUACUAAAUGUCUUCACUGUUGCAUCAGGGCAUCUGUAUGAGCGCUUUCUCAGAAUUAUGAUGCUUUCAGUACUUCGGCAUACAAAUACACCUGUGAAGUUCUGGUUUUUAAAAAACUAUCUUUCUCCCCGAUUUACGGAAAUCAUUCCACACAUGGCACAGAAAUAUGGCUUCCAGUUUGAAUUAGUGCAAUAUAAGUGGCCUCGGUGGCUUCACCAACAGACAGAAAAGCAAAGGAUAAUUUGGGGUUACAAAAUUCUUUUCCUUGAUGUUCUUUUCCCACUUGCUGUAGACAAAAUAAUCUUUGUUGAUGCUGACCAGAUUGUAAGGGCAGAUUUAAAAGAAUUACGUGAUUUUGACCUUGGUGGAGCACCUUAUGGUUACACUCCUUUUUGUGAUAGUCGCAAAGAGAUGGAUGGUUAUCGGUUCUGGAAAUCUGGUUAUUGGGCAUCACAUCUUGGACAUAGAAAAUAUCACAUAAGUGCUCUAUAUGUAGUGGACCUUAAGAAAUUCAGGAAAAUUGCUGCAGGUGAUAGGCUCCGUGGGCAGUACCAGGCUCUUAGCCAGGAUCCAAACAGUUUGUCUAAUCUUGAUCAGGAUCUGCCUAACAAUAUGAUUCACCAAGUGUCAAUAAAAUCGUUACCUCAAGAAUGGCUUUGGUGUGAGACCUGGUGUGAUGACAAAUCUAAAGAAAAAGCCAAAACUAUCGAUCUGUGCAACAAUCCCAAAACUAAGGAGCCCAAACUAAAAGCUGCAGCACGUAUUGUCUCUGAAUGGACAGACUAUGACAAUGAGAUCAGGCAGUUUUUGAAGCAGAUUGAAGAACAGAGGAGAAAUGAAACACAAGCCUUUGUUGGAGACUUAAAGCACGAUGAACUUUAGCUGAUUUCAAUGCUGUGGAGGAAAGUAAGGGUUACCGCAAUUGACUUUUCCUUCAACAAAAGAGUUUACAGAAGACACUUGAAAUAAUAGUGCCUUUUUUUGCCGGAAACAGUAAAAUAUAUUGAACUAUCUUCUUCAAUUGCUGAGAAAAAAAAGUUGUUGUUUUUUUUUUUUACCAAUUAAGCAUAAAUAUUGAGGGUUUUUAAAUUUGUAUAUUAUGCAUUGUAAUAAUGUAAUAGUACAAGAAUUUGGUACAUAGGCACAGGUUUAUUGUAUUAUUUAUGCUUUAUACUAAAGUAUACUAAUUUGUUUUCUGUUACCCCUAUAUCACAUGACCAAAGUACAACAUUUUCCAGGAACUCGGCUCUUAUAUUGCCUGUUGUUAUCCUAAAAAUAUAGUCUAUAAGGGCCGAGUUUCUAUGGUAAAUAGCACAUGCAUAAAGAGCACAUGUCCUAUUAGCCACAGUUUUCUCAGGUUCUCAGGCUAGUUACUCUGUCUCUUUUGUUCCAUGUAGUGUCAGUGUCAUGUACAGAUCAUAUUUUAACAUACUUGCCUAUUCUCACGGACGUUGCGGGAGACUUAUAAUUUGUCGGGUAGUCCCCGCACCCACGGAAGAGUAAGCAGAUCUCCCGCAUCCCUCCUGCUUCCUAGUGAAGCGGGUUGGAAAGGGAGAUAAUACCGGGAACAUGUCGCCGUAUGGAGGAACGGUGCUAAAUGUAAUGAAUCGCAUAAUUUUAUCAUCACACCCUCCCUGCGGAUAUGCGGAUACCUAGUGCCGUGGAGCCCAGCCCAGCCCCCCCCCCUUCUUCCUGAAUAGGAGAGACAAAAUGUAGCUAAUUAUAUAUUGUAAGCGAAACACAGAUGUUUAACUGCAAUUGGAUGCAAUGUACCAGGGAGUAUACAUCAUUUUAUUCAAGUUUAAAGGGUGAUUUUGAUGUAGUAUUUUAAGGUAUCGAACAAUAUAUGAAAAACUUAUCUAUAGUAAAGAAAUUCCAGACAAUAUACAAUUAUAUCACAUACCCUUGACAUACAGUGAUGGCUGCUUUUGCAGUAUGCUGCUAAUAUUUAUUGCCCAUAAGUCUGUACAGCAAUCAUGUUUUAGGAUGUAUAUUGUUUUAUGUAAUUAGUUGAGUAAUAACUCAAUACCUACAUGUGCAAUUUUACACUAGACGGCCACUGCUUUAAUCAUGACUGUUAAACCACAAGAUUAUCCAUCAAGUGCUUGAUCUACUGACUAAACCACCAGUCGUAUCUUGCCCAACAUUCUUUGUAUAACGCAUCCCUCACAUGAUUCCUGUUGUAUCAUUAUCAACAAACAUAUUUUCUCUUACGUCCUAGAGGAUGCUGGGGACUUCAAAAGGACCAUGGGUAUA